CCGACCGCGAGAGGUGGGAGAGGCCGACCCUUGCCCGGCCUGAGCCGUGGGUCCACCCGCGCCGCGCUCCACCCAGCUCCGCCGCGGCGUCCGCGAAGGGCCACUGAGCGUGACCUGGGGAGGCCAGAAGGCGCGCUCUGCUUUCGGGAACUGGAGCAAAGCGAGCGCCGGAGGUCGGGGCCCCCCGCACCCCGAACACGAGACGAUACUUAAGGUACAGGGAAAAACCAUUUCCUGGAACAUCUUGAGUUGUAAUUCGAUCUUGAGUUACCGACGACAGUCAAGGGGCAAACAUGCUUCGUGCCACGAGUGAACUGGAGUUUUCGAACGAAAAAAAUACGGAGGAGAUCUCCCAGCUCGCUUCCCUGGUGCUGUCAGGUGACACAUCAACCGGCGAAAAAAACUCAACUGGUUUACCCGAAAAAACUGGCUAUCCGGACUCCGUUUACAUUAUGGCAGCAAACAUUUUUCAGGGUAUUCGAUUCGAAAAGUCGCCAGAGAAAGUCUUAAUAAAGUAUGGGAAUGAACCCCUGCGGUCCUUGCCGGAGUCUGAGGAUGAAUCCUUUCAGCGUUCGUCCUAUGAGCUGGCUUUCAGUGCUCUGAAGUUUCAAGAUAUUUUGGAAGCUAUAUUAAUAGACAGCUGUAUCUUCCCAAGUACCACAAUACCAGAUCAUUUGAGCAGUCUUAUUAUUGUGAUGCUGUAUGAUUUUCAAGAUAGAAAAUUUCAAGCUCGUUUCCUUUCUGAUAAUGAAGAACCCAUAGCAGAAGUUCAAGAAGUAGAGAACCUUCUUAACAGUUUUAAGAUAAAAUUGGCUGCAGCAUUGGCAAGAUGUCGAAUCAAACACGAUGCCCUUUCAAUUUACCACAUUCUUCCAGAAACAGUUAGGAACCAGGAACUAAGGGCCUCCACUUUGCCACUUUAUGCUUGGAUAAAUACUUGUAAAAUCAGCCCUGAAGAAGUUUAUUAUAGUUUGAAGAAAAGAGGCUAUAAUAAAGUCAAAUCUGUAUUGCAUAUUGAUGAUAAAGUCUUUGCUGUGGACCAACAUUGCUAUGAUGUCUUAAUUUUUCCAUCUCAUCUUAAAAAUAAUCUUCUAAAUAUAGAUCUUUUCAAAGAUUAUAAACUUAUAUUUCAGGACAAAUCUCGAAGUCUCGCUGUCCAUUCUGUAAAGGCUUUAUUAAAUACGGAUGAUGAUAUCUUAAUGGUCAAUACAGGUUCAUGGUACACAGUUGCCCAUAUGUCAAUAUUAACAAAUAAUAAUACCUCAAAAAUAUUUGUGUGUGGAGUAAAAUCUCAAGCUAAGGAUCCUGACCUGAAGAACCUUUUUACAAAAAUGGGAUGUAAAAAUAUUGAAAUACUUCAUGAGGCAUUUCUGAACAUUGAAUCAAAAGAUCAUAGAUUGCAGAAAGUUAAAGUGAUUCUGCUGCUUCCUCGCUGCUCAGGACUGGGUGUUAGUAAUCCAGUGGAGUUUAUAUUAAAUGAGCAUGAAGAUACAGGUUUACUUAAAGAUUUCUCUCAAGGAGGUACAUCAGAAGAUAAACUUCACAUUCUUGUUCAACAGCAAUAUGAACAGCUAACACAUGCAAUGAAAUUUACUAAAGCUCAAGCAGUUGUUUAUUGCACGUGUUCAGUUUAUCCAGAAGAAAAUGAAGGUGUUGUUAAGAAAGCACUGGAAUUUCAAGACCAUGGGAUUAAAGUACAACCUUAUAGGCUUAGUCCUCCUGUCCUUCCGCUGUGCUCCUUAAAGGAAAUACAUUUGUCUACUGAUAAGUUUUUCAGAAUGGAACCAUCUGAAAUUACCAAUGGUUGUUUUCUUUCUGUUCUAACAAGGGAGCGGGACCCAUCUGAGGCAGUGUCCGUGAAAGAUGUUUUGGCCCGUGCUGCAGCAAAGGGUCUACUGGAUGGAAUUGAGCUGGGUAAAGCUUCAAAAAGGGAGAAGAAGAAGAAGAAAUCAAAAAUACCAUUGUCAAAAGCCCCCACCAAUGAUAGUAAUGACAUCCAAAUGAAAAUUGCUGAAUUCCUGAAUCGAGAAAGUAAUGCAAAUGCUAAUCGGUCAGAGACAUUAGCAACAAAAACAUCUCUUCCACAGAAAAAUACAACUACAGCUGGUUCUUCCUCGCAUGUCAGAAAACCCAACAAGCCCACCAGCAAUCCUUUAGUGCCUACAUUUAUGAAGAACACAGCUCAACCCAGACCGUAUGAACGGCAGACAAACUUCGUAAGAUCUCGCCCAGAAGACAGAGUGAUGGCACUGAAACCUGUAGAGAUUGUUUUGCCUCCAGUAAUGUUGCCAUUUUCAGGUUCCCAAGGGAUCAAAUCUCAGAUACCAACUCAACAUUUUUACUAUCGUUGGGUUGGACCCAAGACUGUCAUGCCCAACUACUUUCCCUCACCAUCAAUAUCCAGAAGAGGGGAAAAGCCUAGAGAAAACUUACCUUCCUCCCUACUCAGGCAUCCUCGACCAUGGCUUUGACCAUCUUGUGUUUUUUACAGGGGUCAAGAGCAGUUCAUGUUUUUUCAAAGUCUGAUAUUUCUCUGAGGUUAGCCAUCCCUAUACAAGAUACUCAUCCUUUUGGCCA